GAAUGAAGGGAGAUGAAGUUAAAGGUGAGCAGUGAUGUCGUGCGAGAGUGCCUGUUGAACGAUGAUACAACACAUUCUCAGAGAUUUGGAGUGAAUUAAUUAGUGGAUAUAAAGAAUUAAGAGUUCAAUAAUGGACAAACUCAGAGCGGUUCUGGGUGGUCGGGAUGGAAACAAUGAUAACAGGAACAUACUGCAGGCGGCGAAUGAAGCGUCCACACUGGGAUGGGGAACGCGCGUGAAAGGAUUCGUUGGUUGUUUGGUCGUUGGAGUAGUGUUCUCUAUCUUGGGAGUAGGUUGCCUGUUUAUUCCCAAAAUUGGGAUACUUCUUUUUGUUGUGUUUUAUACAUUGGGAAACGUUUGCUCCUUAGCAAGCACCAUGUUUUUAAUGGGACCAGUGAAACAGCUGAAACGCAUGUGUGACAAGACCAGAGCCUUUGCUACUGUUGUGAUGAUAACAUGUCUGGUUCUCACACUCUGUGCAGUAUUUUGGUGGAAGAUCUUUGCUCUCACUCUGCUGUUUGUCAUUCUUCAAGUCCUUGCAUUUGCAUGGUAUGGCCUCUCAUACAUCCCUUUUGCAAGGGAUGCUGUACUGAAGUUUUUCUCCAUGUUGUGCAACAUGUGUAUGAAAUGAAGAGCUGAUGUUUAUCCUUUCAUCACUCUGGGAACUGGGAACACUCUGCUCAAGUAUUCUGCAAUUCUGGGGUCCACAAAUAAUCACUGAGACUAUGGGAUGGUGCUAGUUGUAAUCGCUAACGUUAGCUGGACGACAUGCUAAAUCUGACUGUACAAAAGAUUACAUUUUACUGAAUGUGUUUUAAAUGUGUUGUAAAACAGAUUUGUAAAUGUUAUGAAAUGUCUUAAAAUUGAUAUUUAUUAAAGUAGAUAUUGCAGUUAUAUAC